CGAUACUUCAACAUAAGAUGCUACUAAAAUAAUUUGUCAAAACAACGUUAAUCUCCUAAACCUUUUGGGUGCAGGGGUCAAUGUCCUCUGGCUUCAGUGAUUUAGCUUAAUCAGUGGGCAGGUGACACAUAUCACACCAGCCAUUGGCUCCCAUGCUUUCACUGGCAACAUUUACAGGGUCAAGUUAAAUAUCACAUAUCAACAUCCCUGAAAUAGCCCUAUCUGCGCAAACAACCUGCAUAAAUGUGUGUUUCCUUCUGGAGAACCAAGCCUGUACAAAAGUUACAGAAACGAUCUAUUUAGCACCAGUAUGGCUUACAUAGCACCUAAAAUUAAGUGGCACAAACCCAAGAAGUACCGUGACGACGUGAUUGCCACAUCCAGGGCCUCGGGUUGUGUCCUGCAGUUUUGGAACUCUCUGCUUGUUGGUGAUGAGCUGACCGUUGUCAGCAUCUUGGACGACGAGGAGUACGAGUACCUUAUUGAUGCCGUUUAUGACACCAGCAACAUAGACGAAUGGAAGAACUUCAGAUUUAACUACAGAGGCCUAAGACUAUGGUCACUGAGUUAUGAGCAGGAGCUGACCACACCCCUUCACAUCACAGCUGGCAGAGGCUUCACAGAGUGCCUGAGACUCCUGCUGCAGCGCGGGGCCAGUGUUGACCUGGCACCAGGGGGCACCACCGCUCUGCACGAGUCCUGUGAAAACUGCCAUCCCGAGUGCACCAAGCUGCUGCUGGUCCAUGGCGCCAACGCCAACGCUGUCACUGAAGACGGCCUCAUGCCUUUGCACUUCUGCACAAGUCCCGAAUCCUUACAAUGUGCCAAGUACCUCCUUCAGUAUGGAGCAGCUAUUAAUGGUCGCACUGUGGAUGAAGACGACACUCCCUUACACGUGGCAGCCAGUAACAGCCUCACAGAUCAUACUGAGCUCUACCUGCGCUAUGGAGCUGCUGUGGACAAACAGAACAGUGAGGGUCUAACGCCUCUGAACGCUGCUUGUUCACAACCCCAGGAGCUGCAGGAGCUUCAAAGCUACUUCAAGGUCUGCCAGAUGCUGCUGGGGGCCGGGGCCAACGUCCACACAACGGACCAGGACAAACACAGUCCUUUGCACACGGCCUGCAAGAAUGUAAACCCAGACAUAGUGGAUCUGCUGCUGGCUCAUGGUGCCUGCGUUAAUGAGAUGGACUACGGGGGUGAAGCUCCCAUGCACAACAUCCUGAAGGUGGUGUGCUACAAGGUGUCCCAUCAACCUGAGAGGAUCGUCCGAGCUCUGCUUAACCAUGGCUCUAUCCGCGUGUGGCCUGGAGCUCUGCCAAUGGUUUUGAAGCACUGCUGUGGAUCUCCACGCACCAUCGAGGUUCUUCUGAACGCCUACAGCAGCCUCAAAGUAAACGAAACCUGGGUUGAGGCUGUUUCCCCGGAGCUGUUAAAGGAGCACAAAGAGUUUUAUGAGUCCGUCUUCUCUUUGGAGCGGGCCCCUCGGUCCCUGCAGCACUUGGCACGCUGCAGGAUCAGGAGCUUCCUGGAGGGCCGGUUGCAUAAAGUGGUCCCUGAACUGGACCUGCCCACGUUCAUCAAGAACUACCUGCUGCUGGAGUACAGAGAUCAUGUCCACUGAAAAAUAGUGUGUGUGUGUGUGUGUGUGUGUGUGUGUGUGUGUGUGUGUGUGUGUGUGUGUGUGUGUGUGUGUGUGUGUGUGUGUGUGUGUGACACAGAGUCAUGAUUAGGAUUGAGUGCUGGUGAAUGUGAGAAAGAAGCAGCUGUGAUAGAGUAUAAGGCAGUACAGUUAAAAUUAAAAUACAUUUUAUGAGACACAUUUCUUGUAAGUAGAAGCAGCUGGUUUUUGUCACUUUUACUUCAGUACGACGUUUGACCACAAGAGGGAGCUAUAGACUAGAGUUGCUAUAAUACAACGCAGGUAUUCAACAUUAUGUUUUUUAUUUUAUGAUCCGUUUUAUUUUUACUCCAGCACACUUAAUAGGCUCGGAUGGUUGUAUUUUUAUACCUGAUUAUUAUCAUGGUUUGAUGUUAAUGCACAUAAUGAUGAUGUUGAUGUGUUGAAUAUUGCCUUUAAAAUAUUUGCAUAUAUAAUUAUUCCCACCGUUGUUGUUGUUGUUGUUGUUGUCAUUAUAAAACAUAAACUUUGUGUCAAA